AUGGCAAAAGAAGAAGAAAUCAUCGACAUUGAAGACAUAUUUGUCAGGUAUGACAUUGUCAAAGAGUCUGAAAAUGAACUUCCAUACAAAGAAGUUGACUUUUCAAGACAAGCCAAUAAGACUAAAUGGGUUGUUACGGAAAAAAUUCAUGGCUCAAACUUUUCCUUGUAUUACACAGGAAAGUCGUGGCGAGUUGCUAAAAGAAAUUCAUUGUUAACUGAAGAGGAGAUGAUGACCUUUUUUGGUUGUUCUGAAGUGAUUCCAAAGAUUCUUCAAAGUGCUCCGAUGUUAUUAACUUUGAUUAAACAACACAAUCCACAUGCUGUCGCCUUUGUGAUUUAUGGUGAGCUUUGUGGUGGUAAUAAAAACUUUCCAGGAAGUCAACCAGGUGAAUCUCCCGAUGUUCCUGUCCAAGUUGGUAUUUUAUAUUCUCCAAAAAUAGAAUUUAUACCUUUUGAUAUGGAUGUUAUUAUUAAAGAAGGUUCUAUAUAUAAGCAUGAAGCUUUAGACUUCGAUUUAUUCAUUGAAUUUACUGAAAAGUCUAAAAUAGGCCACGUUCCUGUUAUAAAAGUGUGUGAUACUGUUGAUGAGGCUCUCUCCAUUAAUUUAACUUUUGAUUCCCUUGUCCCCAAGCAACUUGGGUAUACAACUAUAGUCAAAGGGACUAACCAAGCCGAGGGAGUUGUAAUUAAACCAUAUCCAAAGAUGGUGCAUGGAACAAAAUCAGUUCGAGAGUCUUUCAAGAGGAAACACCCGAAGUUCAAAGAGAUAGAAGACUUCGAAUUACCACGACAAAACAGUGAUUAUGUUGUUGCCGAGGCUAAUAUACUUGCUCGAAUCACGAAAGCUCGACUACAAUCAUUUGUGAGUAAAAAUGGAGUAAAAGAAGACUUGGAAGUCGUUCAACGUGAAGUGCUCGAUGACGUGUUACUAAGUUGUUCAAGACAACACAUUCUAACUUACAAUUGGUGGUUUAACCAAGGUGGAAAUGGUCAAUCAGAACAAGCCAAAAGGAUACAACAGAGGGCUUAUUUCAAAAUAGCUGAGUUAUAUAAAACAGUAUUAGAAGAACAAAAAAUAAACUAG